AAGUAUUUCUUCUCGAAGUUUGAGGUGAUUGAACCAGUUGGAACUUGCUUUUUCGUUGAGCAAGGUUUCACAAAGACUCAAGAAUUCGCAUCUUGUCGUCAAGAACCUGCUCGACACGGUAGACAUCGUUUUGGAUAUGGACAAUGCGGAUUCUCUGCCGCUUUACCAGAUAGAUACCCGAGAGGAGAUGAACGGCUAGUAUUGUACACUUCAAAACUGAAGAUGCUUGUAAAUCUGACUGAUCCAACAUCUUCACAACAAGGACAAUACUGUGGUGGCAGCCUUGCCGUUACCGAUUUGAACAAAGACGGGCGGGACGACAUCAUCAUGGGUUGUCCAUUCUACACUGAUUAUGUUACAGUGAAAGAUGUGAAGACACAAGAACGAAAACCACAAUAUGAUGUCGGAAAAGUUGUGGUUUUCUACCAAACUGCUCCAGGUGUAUUCGAUCGCACGUCAGUGAUCGUAGGUGAAGACCAAUGGGGUCGAUUCGGUUUCUCGCUAGCCGCAGUUGGAGACCUCAAUCAGGAUGGAUACAACGGUACACUCAGCUCUUUUGAAAUUCUUGGAUUGACAAUGAAUAUGGAAAUUUUCAGAUUUCAUCGUUGGAGCGCCAUAUGCAGGCAAGAAUAA